AUGAUCCAACCCGCUCCCGACGAAUUGCCAUCGAAAACCCCUGGUGUCAGCUUUGAUGUAGGCCAGGAGGAGGCGGCAGCAGCUCUCGAGGAUUUCGAUACCCAAAGCCAUGCAAGUUCCCGUGACCCUGGUAGCACACAAACCGUCGACCCCGCGCUAGGCCCAAACAACGGGCGAGACGACUCCGGCAACGGCCCGUCCAAUUUUGAACAUCUAAACGACGACGAUAAACCGGCUUGGAGCGAGAUGAAGACCAAGGCGGGGAAGGAGCGGAAGCGCCUGCCACUGGCAUGCAUCGCAUGCCGCCGCAAGAAAAUCCGCUGCUCGGGCGAGAAGCCUGCCUGCAAGCAUUGUACGCGCUCGAGGAUUCCGUGUGUUUAUAAAGUUACUACGCGGAAGGCGGCGCCGCGCACGGAUUAUAUGGCUAUGCUGGACAAGCGACUGAAGAGGAUGGAAGAUCGCGUAAUCAAGACAAUACCUAAGGAGGAGACAAGGGAUAUGCUUUCUAUUGGAAGAUCGGUUGUCAGACCUUCCGCCUCGGCUCAGCCGUCAAAGGCACAGAAGAAACGAACCGCAGAUGAGGCAUUUUCGGCAGAGAUGGAUGAAUGGACUCGGGGGCACAGCCGCCCACCACACGAGACGUUCCCAAUGAAUCGUGAACCUAAAUCCACCGAUGGGACUGGACUUCUUACCGAAGGAGCUGAGUUUCUGCCCUCACUGGAGAUUCAAGAGCAUCUUGCGGAGGUAUUUUUUGAUUGUGUCUAUGGGCAGUCAUACCUCUUAUUACACAAACCCAGCUUUAUGCGACGGCUCAAAGCAGGCACAAUUCCCCCUGUCCUAAUUCUUGCUGUCUGUGCCGUAUCUGCGCGAUUCUCCACACAUCCUCAGCUGAACUCAGAUCCGCCAUUCUUACGUGGAGAAAACUGGGCUAAUCCUGCUGCGGCCAUCGCUCUGAGCCGGCAUGACGAGCCGAACAUUACAAUUCUUACGGUUUUCUUACUUCUUGGUCUUCAUGAGUUUGGGACAUGUCAUGGUGGGCGAAGUUGGUCUUUUGGAGGUCAAGCAUUACGGAUGGCAUACGCGUUGCAGCUCCAUCAGGAGCUUGAUCAGGAUCCAUUACUCAGUCAGAACAAUGGCAACAGCUCAAAGUUGAGCUUCACAGAUCAAGAAAUCCGGCGCCGGACUAUGUGGGCAUGUUACUUGAUGGAUCGGUAUAACUCUUCCGGAAGCCAACGGCCGCCUAUUGGGAAUGAGAAGUUCCUACAAAUACAGCUUCCUAUCAAGGAACCCCACUUCCAGAUGGAGAUACCUGGUCCAACGGAAGAUCUUGAUGGCGAUAUUCUUAAUCCUGUACCUGACGAUGCCGGCCAAUUAUCUAACGCUAAAGAAAACAUGGGUGUUUCAGCGUACAUUAUCCGCGCUAUCGUCAUUUGGGGGCGCAUUGUCGACUACCUGAAUCUAGGUGGAAAGAGAAAGGACUUACAUCCACUUUGGCAUCCAGAGUCAGGGUACAUGCAGCUUAAGCGGCAAAUUGAGGAGUUCUCCGCGUCUCUUCCGGUACCUUUUACCUUCACCUACGAGCAUCUUCAAAUCCAUGCAGCGGAGAAGAUUGCAAAUCAAUUCAUUUUCCUCCACAUUAUCAUACAUCAAAACAUGCUGUUUCUCAACCAGUUCGCCAUUCCCUUGUCCCCGGGGGGCCGUCCACCAAGAGAUAUGCCAAAGUCCUUCCUCAGUAAUGCAGGUCGAGCCGCGGUGGAAGCGGCGCAUCACAUUUCAGUGCUUUUUGAUCGGGCUUCAGCCUACCCCCUCACUGUUCCUUUUGCUGGAUACUGUGCUUACUCGGCAAGUACAGUCCACAUCUGGGGGAUAUUCUCGAAGAACGUCCAGCUAGAGGCACGGUCAAAAGAGAACCUCCGGCAUACGUACCGCUAUCUCAAUAAAAUGAAAAAGUACUGGGGCAUGUUUCACUAUAUGGUUGAGAGUGCCAAGGAUCGGUAUCGGCAGUUCGCCGAUGCAGCUAUCAAGGGCUCUGUGGCAACUCAGAAUGGUGCAUCGCUAACGCCCAUGUUCCAAUAUGGUGACUGGUUCGAUAAGUAUCCCCAUGGAGUGUCAAGAGUGCAUUGGGAGGACCCCGAUACUCGGCACAAAGAAACGGGCGAAGACGCAGUUAUGGGCCAGAAACCUGACCUCCAGAGCGUGGAGGAUUUCUUUGCCGGCCUUUCCCCUACUCCACAGCCAAGUCAACCGCGCAAACCGCGGUCUCGGAAGAACAGCAAACUAUCCGAUGGAGCUUCAGGCAUGGAACAGUCUUCAUCACCAUCAAUGAUGGAAGUAACCAUCGGAAAUACCCCGAGUGCUCCAGGCAGCGCAUUCCCACAGCCAUCCAUGCUCCAACAAUCCCGACCAAUGUCGUUCGGCCAACCGCCAUUCGACGUCGGUAUCCCACCAGACCAAUUACCGCAGCUAGAUCGGCAAUUCGUCUAUGGUUCAUUUUCCGAAUUCGACCCCAGCUCAUUUGUCCCAAACAACCCUCCUAUCCCACCACUCAAUGGCGUCCAAACACCAAGUCCAGAUCAAACACUGUUCACAGGUCAUCUGGACCCAAGCGCCCCUGCUGGAAUGGGCGAGUUCUACCAGCCCAGCGCGUGGUUCCUGCCUUUCAAUCUUGACCCUGUUAGCGGUGGAAACCAACCAUCACAAGCUCCACCCAUACCUGGGGUAGUUAAUAGUGGCGGCACGCCCGGGCUCCCUUCUGUAGAUAUGUAUGGCUUCAGGGGUGCUGGUGGCAUGCCUUUAAGCGCAUAUGACCUUGGUUUGACUGGUUCGAAUAUGAAAGUCUCACGGCCAUGA